AUGUUCGUGCGUUCCAUCCUUUUGGGUGGCGCCGCCGCCCUGGGCGCCAGUGCGAUGCUGGUUGUCCCCGAAAUGGAGCCCCAAGUGGAGGCGGUUGAGGAUGGCUUCAUGAAUGUCCACCCCAUGCUGUUGGAGGAUAUCCGCCAUGCAGUGGUCGACGUUCCCUGUAGGGGAUGUCCUUUCCGUGAAGUCGACCAGGAGGGUGCCGUCAGCUGGACUGAGGGCAAGUCAUCGUCUUUGAUGCUGGACUUCUCCAUCGAAGACAACCGCCUGCUCGCUAACGGCCAGCAAAUCUUCCCUCCCGUCCCUCCCAGCCCUAUCCGCGCCAUUCAACAACUGGAAGAUGGCGAGGCCUCGGAGCCUAUGCCCGUCGGCUAUGCCCUGGAGGUGAUGCCUCUGGGAUCCCCCGACGACACCCCCGGAACCGAUCUCCUCGAUGUCCGAUUCACCAUUCUCGAUCUCGAGACUCACCCCGUCCCGGUCGACACCGUCGCCAUCACCCUGAUCCAGGACCCCGCCGGCGAGCUCUACAUCGCCAAGACCGAGAUUGAGAAGACCGCCCCUCCCCCCGAGCGUCUGUCCUGGAAGAAGUGCAAUGGCAAGCCCAAGUGCCUCCAGGAGCUUCUGGUCUCUCGCGUGCGUGAUCUUUUUGCCGCUGCUAGGGACCGCGUCGUGGGCAUGGCUGGCAAGGUUGGCCCCAAGAAGGGCUGCCAUGGCAAGCACAAGGGCCCCAUGGGUAUGGGUGGCCACCACGGUCCUCCCAAGCACCACAGCGAUUUCCCCGAGGGCAUGCCACCAUUCCCCGAAUUUGAAGACUUCGCCAACGAGCACCACCGUGGUGGUCACCACCACCACCAUGACGAUGGUGACUUUGAUGCUGAGAUGGGCGACUUCCCGCCCCCUCCUCCCCACGGCGACUUCCCACCCCCUCCUCCCCACGGCCAUGAGGGUCACCACCACCCACCUCCCCCUCACGGUGCUUUCGCCCACACUUUCUCCCGUGUUCUGCGCUUCAUUGUUGUCCCUGCCAUUCUGGGUGUCCUUGCUGGCCUGACCGCCAGUGCCGUCGGUAUGCUCGUUGGCCAGGCUAUUAUCUUCCUCUGGCAGCGCUACCGUGGCACCAAGCCCCAGGAGCACAAGGCUGCUUGGGAGCAGGGUGACGCCUGCGAGAAGCAGGGCCUGAUGACUGAGCCCUCGGAGACAUCUGACGAGAUCCUUCCUGAGUACCAUGAGCCCACCUCCCGACGGGGAUCUUUGGAUAAGAACUAA